AGUGCGCGCAGGGUGAUGGUUCAAAGGUCACAGUUCAGGCUCUCUUGCUGGUUCGGCGGUGGUGUCUCUGUUAACAGAGAUUUUAUUUAUUUAUUUAUAUUUAUAUUACGACUGGUUUAAAAUAGGUACUCAACAGCCCCCGGGAGAUCAUAUCCAGGCGCUGCAGAGAAUGCUGGCUACAGGAGCAGCUGUAAGCACAGCACUGGCGCAGGUGGAUAGGGAAAAGAUCUAUCAGUGGAUCAAUGAGCUGUCCAGCCCGGAGACCCGGGAGAAUGCCCUGCUGGAGCUCAGCAAGAAGCGGGAGUCUGUUCCAGACCUGGCACCCAUGCUCUGGCACUCCUGUGGCACCAUCGCGGCACUGCUGCAGGAAAUUGUCAACAUAUAUCCCUCCAUCAAUCCACCCACUCUCACAGCGCACCAGUCCAACCGAGUGUGUAAUGCCCUUGCACUGCUGCAGUGUGUCGCAUCCCAUCCGGAGACAAGGUCUGCGUUUCUGGCUGCACACAUUCCGCUGUUCCUCUACCCCUUCCUCCACACGGUCAGCAAAACGCGUCCUUUCGAGUACCUGCGUCUCACCAGCCUUGGAGUCAUAGGAGCACUGGUAAAAACGGAUGAACAGGAAGUGAUCAACUUCUUACUAACUACAGAGAUCAUUCCCCUGUGCCUGCGUAUAAUGGAGUCUGGCAGUGAGCUUUCCAAAACGGUGGCUACUUUCAUUUUGCAGAAGAUACUCCUGGACGACACAGGGCUGGCAUAUAUUUGUCAGACAUACGAACGCUUCUCUCAUGUGGCGAUGAUACUUGGGAAGAUGGUGCUGCAGCUCUCAAAAGAGCCUUCAGCACGCCUGCUGAAGCAUGUGGUGCGAUGCUAUCUCCGCCUCUCCGAUAAUCCCAGAGCACGUGAGGCCCUCCGCCAGUGCCUGCCUGACCAGCUGAAAGACACCACCUUCGCCCAGGUGCUGAAGGAUGACACCACCACCAAGCGCUGGCUGGCACAGCUGGUGAAGAACCUCCAGGAGGGGCAAAUCACAGACCCCCGAGGCAUCCCCCUACCUCCACAGUAACCUAAGAACGUGAUGUGCCAGAGAAGUGUUCAGGGAAGGCAGUAUGGACACCGGAACAGCUGGACAGAGUUUGCCAACUGGACACCGUUUGCCCACUGGACACCCCGCACAGAGACUGUCAAGUCUGUGCAAAGUUUCAAGACAAAGAAUACUUGGCAAAUCUUUUGACUGUCUGGUCUAGAAACAAGCUCGUGAAGCUUAACACCAGGGCUUCCCUUGGGAAGGAUAUUCUGUUUGCAUUCUCUUCAGUCUGCUAAUGCCUUUCUGGUAAAGGAGAUAAUGCCUUUGAAUGCCAGGUUCAAUCUUUCAAAGCCUUCAUCCGGACAUGUACAUUCGAUAUAGCAUUUUCAUGCAUUUCUUCGUUUACUGUACACACACUGUGCUGUAAAGCACAUCUUGUUAAAUGACUUGACGGAAACCUUAUGGCACAGAUGCCAUGUUUUCUCUGACUUGUAUUUAAUAUCAUUUGCUUGCUCUGAAGUCUUAAGUUCAUUUUCAAGAAAAGAUAUUUUUUCCUGUUAGAAUUUUUUACCCAUUUGAGAUGGAUUUUUGAACGUGUUCACAGAAUUAAACCUUGAGAUAAACGUUUAAAACUACUGAAUAAAACUUGUGCACUUAUGGGUUAA